CGACGUCGCCAUUGGUCCUUUCGAAUCACGUGGCGAGUGGAGUUUGCGGCAGAGCCCGGACGGGUAGCGGAGGGCAGAGAGCAGCACUGGAACAAAGGUUCGGCGGCUACGAUGGGCGUCAAGCUAUAUUACACCACCGUCACUGCAUCCCGGGAGGUGAAGUCCCAGCAGGCCGAGGUGAUGCGCAUCCUGGACAGCAAGAGCAUCCCCUACGAGCUGGUCGACAUCUCUGUGGGUAACGAGGUGCGGGAGGAGAUGAGGAGCAAGGCGGGGAACCCUACGGCCGUGCCCCCCCAGAUCUUCAACGGUGACCAGUACUGCGGGGACUACAAGAUGUUCUCAGAGGCUGUGGAGGCAGACACAGUGGGGGACUUCCUGAAGAUGGCAUGAAGACGCCUGUGAGGAUGAGGGCACUCCCUGUAUCUCCUUGCUAGGACAAAUGCCAAAAAACAUCAACCAAGCACACACACACACACACACACACACACACACACACACACACACACACCAUGUUCGCAGUCAAAUCAAGGGCGCUCCGAACAGUGGAAUUGACCCCAAAUCAGUAACCAUUUCCCCACCCUUGCUAUUGUCUGUGGUCCUUAACCAAUGUGUAAAUGUCUUAAUCUUCUACUAAUAUGUCUUAAGCUGUAACUGUUGGUUGACUUAAAAGCUAGAUGUGUGAUACAUAGGAGAACAUGGACCACAAGUUGACCUAUUCUUGGUUUACAAAGAGGAAGUCAAAAGCCAAAUUAACAGGAAAAUAAUACUGCUUCUAUUGUUCUUUUCAUUCCUUGGAGAUUGCAGUCCUUCUUUUUUCCAAAGCAGCAUUUAAAUUGCAGACCUUUUCAGCACUUAAUGGUGGAGCCUGGGGUUGCUGCAGUUCUCCAGAAGGACAAUCCAGUGCAGUUUGAGGAGACAUAGCCUCCCAUCCCUCAAGCUGAUUUGGCGAGCAAACAGUUCUACUGGACUUUUUGCCGCUGUGCAGUGAACCCCGUCAGGUGGGGGUGGGGGUGGGGGUAGUUCGCAUUUAUGGUCAUAAAUUCAGUGGGAGCCUGAUCUACCCAUAUGAGCUGGAUCAGGAGGCAGCUUUUCUACUAUGAUUUAGUGCCAAUGACAUCUGUGAAGACAGCUUCUCCUUCUGGCUGAGCUGUCUGACCCUGAACAAAGUUCGGUUCCCUUCACCCAGAACGUUCCAAAGUUCGGUUCCCUUCACCCAGAACGUUCCAAAGUUCGGUUCCCUUCACCCAGAACGUUCCAAAGUUCGGUUCCCUUCACCCAGAACGUUCCGCUGUAUUGGAAAAAUAUUCAUGGGCUUUUCAGAGUCCUGUUUCGCAGUGGAUUUUGUCUAAUAAAAAUAUUUGAAAUGUAA